CGCAACUAGCCCGCAUUUUCACCUAUCGACGCAUCUACAAGAGCUCAGAGCCGUUUGGCGUUACCCUACACGCCCAUGUAUCGCGCCCACGGGCUUUCUCGAGCACCUCAGCUCCAGCAACCACGUCCUCUGCCUCUAAGCACCCGCGGCCUCUCUGAUCAAACCCGCCGGAAUAUUGUGCGCUUUCUCCUUCUUGGAUGGGAGCCUCAGCUCAUCGCUGAUCGUGAGGGCUGUAGUAGAGGUGCUGUGUAUAAUGUAAUAAGGAACUUGAAGGAGCAUAGCAGCGUGCGAAAGCCACCUACAAAGAAGCUUGGACAGCCACCGAAGAUUGCUAGGGAAGACGCUGAGGCUCUGUUUGAGCAGCUUGUUUGUUCUGGAUGGAUGUAUUAAGAUGAAAUAGUUAAGUGGCUGCUUAUUAAACGCGGGCUUAAGGUAAGCCGCAGGUGUGUAGGAAACUUCCUAAAGGAUUAAGGUUGGAGCUGCUGAAGCCUAAGGCCAUACUCUAUUAAUUGUAACGAGGAGUUAAGGGAGCGCUAUUGCUGCGCUAUGAGGCAAUUUGCUGCUAAUGACCUUGUGUUUCUAGACAAGUUAAUAUUUAAUAAGAAGACUGGCUGGCGGCACCAUGCUUAUGCUCCUGUAGGCUAUAAGAGCUGUUAUACUUAG